GGAUGGGGGAGACAGAGGGCUUCAGCUGCUCCUGCUGAGGGCUGUGUGUGCAGAGAAUGAUCAGCCAUCGCCGACUCUGUCGCUCUUGUUGCCGGGAUCGUUGUCGUGGUGCGCCAUUACUGUCGUCGUUACCGACGCCCCCCGCCGCCGCGCUCACACACUCCGCUUCCUGUCAGGGGGAGAUAUGAGCUCCAAGCACUCUUCUGACUGGAUCCCCUACAGGAGGCAGCGUCUGCGUCCACCCCGGUGGUGAGCGAGCCGGCCGUUGACGUGGACGACCUGGAGGAGUUCACGCUGCGCCCAGCGCCACAGGGCAUCACGGUGAAGUGCAGGAUCACCCGCGAUAAGAAGGGCAUGGACCGGGGCAUGUACCCCACCUACUACCUCCACCUGGAGCGGGAAGAUGGCAAGAAGGUCUUCCUGUUGGCUGGACGGAAGAGGAAGAAGAGCAAAACAUCAAAUUACCUCAUCUCCAUCGACCCCACGGAUCUGUCUCGGGGAGGAGAGAGCUUCAUCGGGAAACUGAGGUCCAACCUCAUGGGUACCAAGUUUACAGUGUACGACAGCGGGGUGAACCCUGGCAAGACCCCCUCCAGCUUAGAGGCCAGCAACCUGCGGCAAGAACUCGCGGCCAUCUGCUACGAAACCAACGUUUUAGGGUUUAAAGGGCCGAGGAAGAUGAGUGUCAUCAUUCCUGGGAUGAACAUGGACCAUGAAAGAGUAUCUAUCAGGCCACGCAAUGAGCACGAGACCCUGCUGGCGCGAUGGCAGAACAAGAGCACGGAGAGCGUGAUCGAGCUGCACAACAAGACGCCCGUGUGGAACGACGACACCCAGUCCUACGUGCUCAACUUCCACGGCCGGGUCACGCAGGCCUCCGUCAAGAACUUUCAGAUCAUCCACGACAACGACCCGGACUACAUUGUGAUGCAGUUUGGGCGCGUGGCGGAGGAUGUUUUCACUAUGGACUACAACUAUCCCAUGUGCGCCCUACAAGGCUUCUCCAUUGCACUCUCCAGCUUCGACAGCAAGCUGGCCUGUGAGUAGCGCCCCCUCCCUCCGUCCACCCCCACACGUCCACAACCAGACGCAGACCCAGGGGGCGCUCCACUGGCCAUCCCCCCCCCGAUCGCCACUAAGGGCUGCGGGGCCCUCUGCAGCCCAUGUCUCCCUGCUCUGGAGGGCAUGGAGAGUUCAAGAUACACUGUGUACGAGUGACUCUGUGUACAUGCAUGUUUGUGGGCCUGUGUGUGUGUGUGUGUGUGUGUGUGUGUGUG